AUGCCUUUUCUUGGGAAAAAAGUUGGCUUAAUUGUACCUCUGAUAUCUCUCAUAGCACACAAUGUUUUAUUCAAAGCGCCUUAUGCCAGCUUCUCUUGUUCAUUGCUUCAUAUCGGGUGCCCGUCUCAUAUACCAAUUCACGGGUUUGUCAAUGAUGAAUAUAAGGAAGUCUAUAAUAUAUUUGUGAACAAUUUCAAGCAAGGGUUAGAUAUAGGUGCCUCCAUUUCGGCUUACGUAGACGGGAAACAAGUUUUUAGUCUCCAGGGUGGAUGGCAAGACCGAGAUAAACAGAUUGAAUAUACAAAUAAAACCCUACAAAUGGUGUAUUCCUGUACAAAGAGUUUGGGUAGUAUCAUUGUUGCGCAGUUAGUGGAUCAAGGGUUGCUAUCAUACAAUGAACGUAUUUCAACGUAUUGGCCAGAGUUUGCUCAGGGAAACAAGGAAAACGUUACAAUUGAGGACCUUAUGCGACAUAAAUCGGGUUUAGGGGGUUUAGAUGAACCAUUGUCAUAUUAUAACGCAUCUGAUUUAGACAGAUUGGCGGAUGUUCUUGCAAAGCAACGCCAUAACUUUGAUGGAAAACCUGUUCAUGCAUAUCACGUGAUUACACAAGGUUGGAUUCAAAACGAGAUCAUUCGACGUGUAGACCCGCAACACCGCACCCUUAAUGAUUUUGCCCGUGAGUUUAUGGAUAAAUGGGGAUCCGAAUGGUAUUUAAAACCGUAUGCAACAGAGGGUUUGGACAUAAGCCGUAUCGCUCCGUUCUAUCCUAUUCCCAAAUAUCAACAGUAUGCACAUUUGAUCGCUACUGUAUUGAAUCCUUUCAAGGAUAGCUCGCUCAUAUUCGCUUUAUUCAACAAGGACAGUCUUGUUUAUCGAUCUCUUGUGAAUCCUCACAUAAGCCUUGAUACAAAUAUUCAAAAACUCAAUCCCAAACAUCGCUCAAUAGAAAUCCCAUCCUACUCGGGCCAUACAAACGCUGAUUCGAUAGCAAAGCUGGCAGCUAUGAUGGCUAAUCGCGGGAAAGCAAUUGAACAGGGCGAACCGGAUCUUUUUACCAAGGAUACCACAUUUGAAGAGGCAACACGGGUCAUGGAUGACUAUGAAACAGAUGCGAUAUUUCCAAACGAUGUGAUUAAUAACCUUCGUGGUGGACUAGUAAUAUUUCCUAAUGACUACUUGAAUAUUCCGGACUACGACAAAGAAAGUGAGUUGAUUGGAGGUAUUGGGGCCUCAGGAACUUUUUUUGUUUUCAACGAAAAAUAUAAGAUUGGAUUUGCUUAUGUAUCAAACUGUCUCCAUUCUCAAAGGAAUCCGGAUGAGAGGUCAUUGGCCAUCCUCAGAGCAAUUUUAAAAAAAAAUAAAGAAUCAAGAGGAUCUAACUGUUAAAAAAAACA